AUGGUUCUCCGCCUCUCCUUUCUGCCUUUCUUUUUACUUUUGCUAGCCUGGACGAUCCUGCAGGCCGUGCAGAAGGCCUCGUCGAAGCCUUUGGGCCGUGCAGACGCGAAUAUCACCACCCUCUCAGCUUCUGAAAUUUCGAGCUUCAAGCCUUACAGCUUCUAUGCCAACACCGCUUACUGUCAGCCACCUCAAACUCUCUUGUGGGCUUGUGGACAAAGUUGCGAUGCAAACCCGACUUUCAGGCCAAUCGCGUCCGGAGGAGACGGAAUAGACAUACAAUUCUGGUAUGUUGGAUUCGAUCCUACUCUUCAAACAGUAAUCGUCGCACAUCAAGGAACUGAUCCGAGCGAAAUAGUGCCUUUACUUAUCGACGCGGACUUCUUUCUCGUUGGUCUCAAUCCAACCCUUUUCCCUGGAGUUCCGUCAAACAUUCAAGUCCAUAGCGGGUUCGCGUCUGAGCAUGCUAAAACGGCUGUAUCAGUCCUGACUGCCGUCAGAAUUGCGCUGCAAGAAAGUGGUUUGAACAACGUUACCGUCGUCGGACACUCACUAGGUUUGUCCUUGAGCUCCAUUAUCGACGUUAUCUUCCUACCUUUGUUGAUCGAACCUCAAGGAGCCGCUCUUGCCUUGCUUGAUAGCAUAUACCUGCCUUUAUUUUUACCCAGCGUUAGCUUCAAGAUGAUUGGAUAUGGAAUGCCCCGAGUCGGCAACCAAAAUUUCGCAUCUUACGUCGACGGACAUAUCGACGUCACACACAUCAACAACAAAGAAGACUUUGUUCCUACUCUCCCCGGUAGAGUCCUCGGGUUUCAUCACCCACAAGGAGAGAAGCAUAUCCAAGACGAUCUAUCGUGGGUUUCUUGCCCUGGCGACGACAAUACCGACAUAAGAUGCACGGCUGGGGAUGUUCCGUAUUUUUUCGAAGGAAGCCUGAACGACCACGAUGGCCCUUACGACGGUGUAAUGAUGGGGUGCAUUCAGUGA